GGCAAGUUUCUAUUCCAACUAACCUUAACUGGAUCCCCUCGAUCGUCUGUUAGACAACACCACCACAAACAAAUCUAUCAACAACAACAUCCCUCACCAUGUCUUCUCUGGAACAGUCUUUGGACGCCAUCAUUGCUCACUCUGCCAAACCAGGUAGAAAGCCUGUCAGACGUAAUGUCAAAGGUGCCAAGAGACCGCAGGUGCUCUCGAAAACUGUGGUCGCCAGACCACGGACUGGGUUGAGAAAAACCGUUGCAAGACCAACUGCUCCUGUUGCAAGAAGACCAGUUGCACCUCCAGCAGCUCCUCAGCCAAGAUUAUUCCAAUCUGCCUCGUUAGACGUGGCCACUAAAGUCGUCGUUUCAGGCUUGCCAAAAGAUAUCAAAAAUGAUGUUAUCAGAGAAUUUUUCCAAUCGACUAUAGGUUCGGUUCAAAAUCUUACUCUUGCAUACAAUGAAAAAGGUAGAUCAACUGGUGUUGCUACCGUUAUUUUCAAGAAUGCUAAAGCUGCACAGGCUGCGGUCUCACGUUAUAACAAUGCAGCUAUUGACUCUGGCCGUUCAAAGUUGAAGCUUGAGCUCGUUGUUGAUACUACAAAAGUUCCACUUGCUGCAAGAAUUCAACCAAAUGCCAGACCGGCCACUUUGCAAAACAGAAUUCAACCUCCAAGAAAAGCAAGAGUUGAAGCACUAAAGGGCAGACCAGGCAGACCAGUCAACAGACCUACCAAAAUUGCCAAUAAAAGAAAAGAAACUCCAAAGAAGCCAGUCAAGAAGAAGAAGACUUUGGAGGAGUUAGAUCAAGAAAUGGCUGACUAUUUCGCUACUAACGAUAAAUAGGAGAAUUGUGCUUUUCUGUAAUUCGAAUUUUUGUUCUCUAUUAACUGCUUUUUAGCCGAAAAAUUUUGUGUUGUUUUAUAUUUACUUUUAUAUACCAAGAUCAAUUUACUGCUUUGUCAC